CAGGCUUGCCCCCAGCACUGAGCAGCCGGAGCCACCGGGAGCCGGGCCAGGAUGCCGAUCCCUCCUCCCCCGCCGCCGCCGCCUGGCCCCCCGCCGCCUCCCACCUUCAGUCAGGCGAACACAGAGCCGCCGAAACUGAGCCGAGAGGAGCAGCGGGGCCGUGGAGCCCUCCUGCAGGACAUCUGUAAAGGGACCAAGCUAAAGAAAGUGACACAAAUCAAUGACCGGAGUGCACCGAUCUUAGAGAAGCCCAAGGGCAGUGGUGGCGGCAGCUACGGCUCUAGCUCAGCUGUGAUCCAGCCGAAGGGCGGCCUCUUCCAAGGCGGUGUGCCCAAGCUCAGACCCGUGGGAGCAAAGGACAGCUCAGACAGCUCCAGUAAGCAAACCUUGCAAGUCCCUGGCUCCAGAGCAGCUGCCCCCAGGCCCCCGGUGCCGGCCAGCAACAGCCGACCUCAAGAUGAUGCUGACAACAGCCGGGCCUCUCCCCCGGAGCUGCCGCGCACGCAGAGGCCCUCCCUGCCGGACCUCUCCCGUUCCAGCCCCAUCAACGAGUCCGCCCCGGAGCUGCCGCAGAGACACAACUCCUUGCACAGGAAGACGCCGGGCCCCUUGCGGGGUCUUGCGCCGCCGCCGCCUGCUUCAGCCUCCCCGUCUCUCCAGAGCAGUCGCCCCCCUCCGCCGGCCAGAGACCCCCCCAGCCGGGGAGCUGAUGACUUUGAAUCCAAAUACUCCUUUCAUCCCGUCGAAGACUUCCCAGCCCCAGAAGAAUAUAAAUACUUCCAGAGAAUUUACCCCAGCAGAACAAACAGAGCUACGCGUGGGGCCCCCCCUCUGCCCCCCAUACCCAGGUGAAAGCGGGCUGCACAGGCGGAUUGUUCCUGAGCAGAGAGACGGACCUCCUUCCCCUUCCGCAGACGGACCCUCCCCACCUCCCUGCCCCCCAGGAUCCUGCAUGAGAAACUCCCAGCCUCUUUGGUUUUCCGAGCUGCGCCAGGACGAGCAGAUACCCCCAGCCCAGCUCUCUCUGCCAGCCCACCCUCAUCUAUGCAUCUCCCCCGGGACUCGGUGACCUUGCUGGCAAGCCCAGAUGGGUCCUUUCCUCCUCGCUCGUCGCAGAUCCCCGGGUUGGGCCAGGACCACGCGUCCAGCCGCAGCCCGGGAGCCGGGCAUGAGGAUU